UUGAUUCUAAGAGAAUUGAUGAGGAAGCAAAAAUCCCUCCUGAAACUCUGGAUGGACUGAAAUCGCUGGGGCUCUUUGGAAUCCAGGUGGCCUCGGUCUCUCCAACACCAUGUACGCUCGGUUAGGAGAGAUCACAUCCCUUGAUGGAGCUAUUGCUGUCACACUUGCAGCACAUCAGGCCAUUGGCUUAAAGGGAAUACUGCUGGCUGGAACUGAGGAGCAGAAGGCCAAAUACUUGCCUCGAUUAGCCUCAGGAGAGCACAUAGCAGCUUUCUGUCUGACUGAGCCAGGCAGCGGAAGUGAUGCUGCUUCUAUUCAGACUCGUGCUACUCUGUCAGAAGAUGGAAAACAUUUUCUGCUUAAUGGCUCUAAGAUCUGGAUUUCCAAUGGCGGUAUUGCAGACAUCAUGACUGUAUUUGCAAGAACAGAGGUGUUAGAUAAGGAUGGGCAAAAGAAAGACAAGAUAACAGCCUUCAUUGUGGAGAAAGCGUUUGAUGGGGUGACAAGCGGAAAACCGGAGGACAAGCUGGGAAUCAGAGGCUCUAACACAUGUGAGGUGGCAUUUGAAAAUACGAAAGUACCCAUAGAGAAUGUGAUUGGUGAGGUUGGUGGUGGAUUUAAGAUUGCUAUGAACAUCCUGAAUAGUGGGAGGUUCAGCAUGGGAGGUGCAUGUGCAGGAGUGAUCAAGAAGCUGAUCGAGAUGGCUGCAGAGUAUGCAGGCACCCGAAAACAGUUCACCAAGAAACUUGCUGAGUUUGGAAUGAUUCAGGAGAAGUUUGCCAUCAUGGCCCAGAAUGUAUUUGUCAUGGAGAGCAUGGCGUAUCUGACAGCUGGAUUGAUGGACCGGCCUGGAGUUCCUGACUGCUCUGUAGAGGCAGCAAUGGUGAAGGUGUUCAGCUCUGAGGGUUGCUGGGUGUGUGUGAGCGAGGCAUUGCAAGUUUUGGGAGGAGUGGGAUAUACCAAAAACUACUCAUUUGAGCGCUACCUCAGGGACUGUCGCAUUUUGCAGAUCUUUGAGGGAACCAAUGAGAUUCUAAGGAUGUACAUUGCUCUAACUGGAAUGCAGUAUGCAGGCAAAAUCCUAACAGGAAAAAUCAAGGAGAUGAAAAAAGGAAAUGUUGGUGUGGUGUUUGAGAUUUUGGGAAAAAAGCUGAAGGAUUCUUUGGGUAGGCCCGCUGACUUUGGCCUUACCGGAAAGGACGGAGUAGUUCACCCCAGUUUGACGGAGAGUGCCAAGAUGUUUGAGCAGAACGUAGCCUUGUUCGGCACCACUGUCGAAAGCCUGCUCUACAGAUACGGAAAGACUAUAGUAGAUGAGCAACUGGUGCUGAAAAGAGUCGCUGACACACUGAUUAACUUAUACGCGAUGACGGCAGUGCUGUCCCGUGCCAGCCGCUCCAUCAGCAUCGGCCUUCGCAACCACCAACAUGAGGUCCUGCUCGCAAACACCUUCUGUAAGGACGCUUUCUUCAAAAACAACUACUGGAUGACUCAGCUACAAAAAAAUUCCCCUGAGAACAAUGACGCCAACAUUAAGAAGAUUGCUCAGGAAGUCCUGGAGAAGCGGUCGUAUAUCUGCUCCCACCCUCUCGAAAGAACAUACUGAUGUGGUACAUCUUUAGACUGAUCUGUACUAGUCUGUACUGUACGAUUGUCCUACUCACAGCCUUUACUCAGUUUACCACUAAAAGAUUGAGUGGUAAUUGAAGUGUACAUCCAAUCUAUGGCUUCGAUCGUAUUAAAAUGUAUCAUUGUAAAUACUGAUCUUAUUUUACAAUACAUAACUUCGUAACUAGUAAUA